AUGAGAUUCUGGGAACACAACACGUGUGUGACGUUUCGGCCGCGCACUAAUGAGACAGAGUAUGUUCUAUACACUUCAGAAAACCCUGGCUGUUUCUCAACAGUGGGAAGAGAUACUAGUCAACCAGUUCAAGCGGUGAACAUUGGUAGGGGAUGUCAGCACGUAAUUCGGCAUAACCUCGCACGAAAUCGCUCACUGUCUCGGUCUCUUCCAUCAUCAACAACGCUAACGGACUUCGCCGACACGUACCAUCAACAUUGCCAUGAAAGAAAGAUGUGCAAUUAA